AGCUAGACGGUGGACUGCUGCCGCCGCUGUGAGAGUAGUUGUUAUUAAAACUAACUACAUCUUCCUCUUUUUUGUGAAACCUAUUUUGGACGCAUCUAAACUGAGUGGGGAAGUGAAUAUUUCUGUUUUUGUUGACUGUUCAACCGCCAACGAGCGACCGCCGCGAGUCAAGUGGGAACUCUUCACUGCAAUUAACUUGUGAGGAUUUGUUUCUGAUGCUCUGCAGGAGAGCCGGGAGUUUGCGGCUGUCUGUGGAGGGGCUACUGGCUUGACUUUAUGCUUAUUUGUUUAUUUGUCUCGCUGUACUCGGAAUACCCCGGAUCCUACACACAACAAACGCUGAAGGAGUGACUGGGGUGGCUCCAGCCCUAUCAUUUCUCACCUGGUUCAUUCCCUCCUCCCCCUCCCUUUAGCUGCCUCCAGCUAAUGAGCCGUUUCCCGUGUUUUUCCGGUUGAUUUACGACCACACUGCCGGUGGAGCGGAGGAGAAACAGCGACCGAAACACAGCGAGGAGCAGGGAUUCACAUUAAACGCUCCGUGAACUCGCAGGGAGCGGUGGGGGCUGUCGGUUUUGUUUGAAAUUAACGACACUUGGUCCCGAUAAUAGCGGCGGAUGGAUUCGUCUCCUUGAUCCGGAGCCCCCCAUAUCCUCACUGCCCUAAUUUGAUCCCUCGAAGAAGCGGGGUUUAAAGAAGGAAACCGUUGCAUCCUCCAGGAGAUAACGAUGUUUCCCCAGGGGCGACACCCGACGCCCCACCAGGCUCCAGGCCAGCCCUUCAAGUUCACCAUACCAGAAUCACUGGACCGCAUCAAGGAGGAGUUCCAGUUUCUUCAGGCACAGUACCACAGUCUCAAGAUGGAGUGUGAGAAGCUGGCCAGUGAGAAGACGGAGAUGCAGAGACACUAUGUCAUGUACUAUGAGAUGUCUUAUGGCCUCAACAUUGAAAUGCACAAACAGACUGAGAUUGCCAAGAGACUAAACACCAUCUGUGCACAAGUCAUUCCCUUCCUCUCACAGGAGCAUCAACAGCAGGUGGUCCAAGCUGUGGAGCGAGCCAAACAAGUGACCAUGGCAGAGCUCAAUGCUGUCAUCGGGGUACGUGGACUGCCAGGCCUUCCACCUACAAUGCCCAACACAGCACAAAUGGCAAAAUUGUCUCACCUCUGCAAAAAAAAAUCUCUUUUUUUCCCCCUCCAAACUAUUUUCCUCUUUAUCCAUUUUCUUUCUACACUACCCAUCUUAUUUCCUCUGCUCUCCUUCUACUCUCCUCUCUGCUUUCAUCUGCAGAGUAACUCAUCGCUGCCAGAAAGUCUCAGGAACUCAGAUAAGCGACGAAACGGACCCGAUUUUCAAAAUGACUCCAAGAAACGCAAGGUGGAAGACAAGGACUCGAGCCACUAUGACAGCGACGGGGAGAAAAGCGAUGAUAAUUUAGUGGUGGAUGUAUCGAAUGAGGAUCCAGCCUCCCCUCGCGGCACACCUAUCCCCUCCCCAAGAGAAAAUGGCCAUGAUAAAGCCCGUCUUCUCAAGAAAGACCCCAGUAGUCCAGCCUCUACUGCGUCCUCAGCCAGCUCCUCCUCCCUCAAGUCCAAAGAGAUGGCAAUGCGAGACAAGGCAGGCACGCCUGGGUUAAAGUCAAGCACGCCCACACCGAGAGGUGACUCCACCCCUGGUCCCAGCUCCACCCCUGGAAUCCGGCCCAGUCUAUCAAAACCCCCGUCCAUGGAGAUGCCACAUCCAGCCACUGCAGGUUUGAGGACCCCUCUUGCUGUACCCGGCCCGUACCCGGGUGCGUUUGGUAUGUUGCCCCACGCAGCGGCGAUGAACGGGGAGCUGGCAGGAGCAGCCGGAGCCGCGGCCUACGCUGCUGGACUGCACAACAUGUCCCCUCAGAUGAGUGCAGCAGCUGCGGCCGCUGUGGCAGCGUACGGCCGCUCACCCAUGGUUGGUUUUGAUCCUCAUUCUCACAUGCGAAUGCCUCCCAGUCUGACAGGAAUCCCAGGCGGCAAACCGGCUUAUUCUUUUCACGUGGCAGCGGAUGGCCAGAUGCAGCCGGUACCUUUCCCCCCGGAUGCUUUGGUUGGCCCAGGGAUCCCUCGCCACGCCCGUCAGAUCAACACACUGAACCAUGGAGAGGUGGUGUGCGCCGUUACCAUCAGUAACCCCACCCGACACGUUUACACAGGAGGGAAGGGCUGCGUCAAGGUCUGGGACAUCAGUCACCCCGGAAACAAGAGCCCAGUGUCACAGUUGGACUGUCUGAACCGAGACAAUUACAUCCGCUCUUGUCGUCUCCUGCCUGACGGUCGGACGCUGAUAGUGGGAGGUGAGGCGAGCACGCUGUCAAUCUGGGAUUUGGCCACGCCCACUCCCAGGAUUAAAGCGGAGUUAACAUCAUCGGCGCCGGCAUGCUACGCUCUGGCCAUCAGCCCCGACUCCAAGGUCUGCUUCUCUUGCUGCAGCGACGGAAACAUCGCAGUCUGGGAUUUACACAACCAGACACUGGUUAGGCAGUUCCAGGGCCACACAGAUGGAGCCAGCUGUAUUGACAUCUCCAACGACGGCACCAAGCUGUGGACCGGAGGCCUCGAUAACACCGUUCGCUCCUGGGAUCUGAGAGAGGGACGGCAGCUGCAGCAGCAUGACUUCACAUCACAGAUCUUCUCUCUCGGCUACUGCCCGACAGGAGAGUGGCUCGCUGUGGGGAUGGAGAGCAGCAACGUGGAGGUCCUUCAUGUCACCAAGCCUGACAAAUACCAGCUCCACCUGCAUGAGAGCUGUGUGCUCUCCCUGCAGUUUGCCUCCUGUGGUAAAUGGUUUGUGAGCACAGGAAAGGACAACCUGCUGAAUGCGUGGAGAACACCCUAUGGAGCCAGCAUAUUCCAGUCUAAAGAAUCCUCCUCGGUGUUAAGCUGUGACAUAUCUGUGGACGACAAAUACAUCGUCACUGGUUCAGGGGACAAGAAGGCCACUGUUUACGAGGUCAUCUACUAAAACUACGAAAAAAGAGAGCAAGGACAUUUGUUCUUUCCAACACAUCCGAUAUGUUUCUAUACAUUUUCAAGUGGAAAUCAUAAACAUGAGUGACCUCGAUGGCACAUUCUGUUUACUGUUACAACUGCUGAGGAGACGCAGAAAGGAGACAAACAUUUUACACGCACAUAUCUGUUGUGUAUGUAAACAUGACUCCAUAUCAGCUGGGAAUGAACUGGAGCAGCUGGGUGUUUAAUCGAAGGAGAGGAACUAUUUGGAUGUUAUCGUCUCUGCUGCUUUCUGCUACACGCUGCACUGGAAUCAGUUACAGGGACCAAACAAUCACUGAACCAAACGCAUUGUUGUGACUGGGACCAGCUCUCUGGAGAACACGGCACUGACCUUUAGAUUUUUAAACACUUGAUUCGGUGUCGCGACAGCGGGCAGAGACCCUAGAAGGAACACUCAAAACAGAUGCUUGAAUAUGGAAACAAAUGUCAGACUGAAAGAGGAGAAUGUGGACCGAAACUGACAGAAAUAGAGAGACGGAGGAGGACAGAACAUGUUGGUUUGUAUUUUGUUGCAAACAGACCUCUCUCACAGCCGGGUCAUCUCUCCACUUUGACUCUUUGACAUUAGAACCUCAGUUUGCUGUUUGGAUACACCUACACUGUCUGAAAAGAACUGUUUCUGUCAGUGAGACCUCACUCACUAAACUGCACUGUGGAGGAAGCUGUCCACCUACAUGCUGGGCACACACACACCAUCACUGUUUAAACACACUGAACCCGCUGACCUGUCUAACAUCAGUCUUUUUCAAUCAAUUGUUUUUUGUGAAGGGUUGUUUUGAACCUCAUGAGGCAAAGUAUGUUUUCAUCAUUCUUACCCGUUUUAGAUGCCACCACACACAAAAUAAAUAGCUUACAAACAAAAUAAGCUUUCAAGCAUGUUGCUACAGAGGGCAAUUAGUGCAAAACUGGAAGGAAAAACAGUUACGUCGAUUUAAUUAAUCCUCAAAUUGCAUUGAUCGACUUUGUUAUGCUUUUAGGAGAACCACAGCGUGUUUCAUCAGAUGCACAUGACGGCCCCAGCUUUACUCCAACUAUUACUGAAUUUACCAGGAAACAAUUCAGACCCUCAGAAUUGAUAAUUGGUCUCCUGUUUGAUUUACAAAUUGAUAUUGUUUAUUGACCCCCUGCUGCAGUUAAAUUGCCUGUGUUCCCUUUCACCAUAGGUUCAUUGGUUGAGUCUAUAAUGAUUAAAAGGAAAAGAUCAUGUAAAAUGCCCCAUUAAUUUAAAACAUUAUAACCCCCCCUGCCUUUAUCACUCUUUCAAACACAUGAUGUCUUACUGUAUGGAUGGUUGACCACGCUUCAUAAACAGGGACCAACUACUUCUAAGAAGAUCCUCUUGACAAAUGAAUUAACCUUGUGUUCAAACAAGUGAAAAGUCCUGGCAAAAAAAAAAAAAAACAUCUCAAAAACAGAAUUGCCUUUUUUUAUUUUUUUUAAUACUGUUUCUGUUAAUUUUCUUGAAUGUGGUACACUUGUGAAAUUGCCUUGAAAAGUACAACUGUCAUGUUUUGUCUUUACAAAGUUGAGGAUAACAAGCAACAAUCAAUUAUUUGUCCAGAUGGAUCUACAGAGAGAGAUUCAGUUAUAUUUCAGCUUCAGGAAGGAGUUGCAGACAUUUGAAACUCAUUAAUGUCAUGACCUUGUGCUUGUUUUUUUUUUUCAGUUUCUUCUCUGUUGAAUGUUUGUAAAAAUGUAUAUAUAUGUUUUUUUCUUACAGGACAUGCUUUAGAAAUAACAAACUGUUUUUGUAUGUCUUUUACACGGAAAAGAAACGUCUAAUCAGGAGAAAUACUAAAUGGUCUUAAUGCUAGCUAAUCUAAAUUGAUUUAAAUAUCUAGACAAUAAAUGUGUUUUUUUGUAA